GGAAUGUAAACUUCUCCACUUAUUCCGCUUUAUGCGCUGGAAACAAUUAAAUUGAUGAUCUAUAAUCUGGAGAAACCCCUAAUCCGGAAUUGCUGAAGUCCCAACGAGUCCGGAUUAAAGACUUUGUACUUAAGUGGAUUAUGAAACUCUUAUACAAGAACCUUUAGUUGCAGCAUUUUAUUCCCAAUGGACAGCUAAAAUCAGUUUUCUGUUGCUUAUUGUGUUUAGCAGAGUGCAGGUUGGGCCAACACAAAAUUUUAAAAAAUGCCAGUCAGUGGAGAUACACGGCAAGCCUUAAAGCUUUUGGAGCGCAUUCAGUUACACUUGCAAGAAUCAGAAGCUGCCCAAUUAAGUCCUACUGUUGGUGAUGAUCUUAACACUUUGAUUUCUGUUUUAGACAGUCCUGUCUUUAAUAGUAUUCUGAAUAUUCAAGAUUCACUUCAGGAAUUAAAGAGGCAGUUACAUAAACAUCCAUCUAUAUUACCUGUUGAUUUUGAUAUAUGUCCAACUACUGGAGAGUUACUGCUUAAUUUGCCAGCUGACCCUAUUCCCUUACAAAAUUCAGAUUCCUAUGAACCUAGUUCUGAUGCUGAACAAAAUUAUGAUUAUGAUGGACAUGUUGGCAAAACUAGAUUAGGUGUGAAAUCAGAUGAAAUGGAACCGCAUUCGAAUGAGAUGUCAUCAAUCAUUGGUGCACCACCAGAAUAUGUUUUGUCACCAAUCACUACUGAAAGUUAUGCGGAAGAAUUCCAGCGUACUAUAGAUCAAGGUGCUCAAGGCAGAGAAAUUCAUACUUUGCAGCUAUUUAAACCAGAGGGAAGCAGUUUGGGUUUCAGUGUUGUUGGUCUACGAUGUGAACAAAAAGGAGAGCUUGGAAUUUUUAUUCAAGAGAUUCAGCCAAGUGGAAUUGCAGGAAGAAAUCGGGAAUACUGCAGCUCUAGAAGAAUUGCUACUGCGUUUGUUAUUGACAUUUAGAUUCAACGUAAUAAAGCAGUUUUAGAUAGGUUAUUUUACAUCUUGAGUACAUGACCCGAUGAACAGUUUUUGAGAGGGAGCAUGUAUUUUAGAUAGAUGUGAUCCAUAUUCACAUAUUUUGAAUGCAGUUUGGAAGUGUAUUUGGAGGAUGGUUUUCUUUUCAUGCAUCCUUUGUAUGAACCCUCGUACCAAGAAUGACAAAUUAAAAGACAAAUCAAAAUUAAGUUUAACAAAGAUCAUAGUUAACAGAUUCAUUCUGACAUAUGUUUUGCUGCAUAAUCAUUAAAAAAUUUCCUAAAUUAUUAAACUAUCUGUUGCUUACAGUUAAAUAUAUUUAGGCAUUAAUCAUGUUUUUUUAUUACAUAAUAUUUGUACGAGAGUGACUA